UGAAUUUCCCGCAAAAAUCGAACUUGUAUGAUCAAAUAUAUGCAAAAACAAAAAACCUUGAUCUUCAAAGCCAUCUUAUAACUAUAGUAGGGGGAGCGGUAUGUGGUUCGCGAAGAAAGUGUUUAUAUCCACUCGUGUGUCGACUAACAUCUUUUCAUUUCCAUCUUCAAUGUAACAUAAUGAAAAUCUCACUGCCUAUAUGUUUCCAAUAUUUCGUUGACAAAAGCGAUAAUGAAGAAGUGGAAAAUAGAUGGCGCUUAUUACUAAAACAGACUUUGGUCGCUUUGGGCCCUUUACUAUUAACAACUUCUGCCGGAAUGACGUUUGGUUACUCGGCUAUUUUACUACCUCAAUUGGAGUCAAACAAUUCUACCAUCGUUGUCAGCAAAGUCGAAAUGUCUUGGAUAGCUUCGUUGGCUGCUCUCCCGAUGGCACUAGGCUGCGUUAUAGGUGGAAUCCUUUUAAACAAACUCGGAAGAAAAGUUACCCACUCGGUUUCUUGCAUACCGAUAUUCUUAGGUUGGUUUUUCAUAUACAUGGCAAACCAUGUGACGAUUAUAUUUUUGGGAAGAUUCGUAACCGGUUUGUUUAAUGGUAUACUGGCUACUGCUACCGGGGUUUACAUAGGAGAAACCUCUGAUCCCAAAUACAGGGGGUUUUUAUUAGCCGGUAUAUCGUUCUCUGUUGCAUUUGGUUUGUUCAUGGUCCAUUUAAUAGGAACGUUCCUAACGUGGAAGAAUACGGCCCUGAUAUGUUCCAUACUCCCAUUGAUCAGUCAAAUAAUCAUUCAUUUCGUACCAGAAUCACCUAUAUGGUUAGCAAACGAAGGAAGAAUCGCAGAAGCCAAAACGUCAUUCUUUUGGUGUCGAGGACGUUCAGAAGAAUCUAAUAAAGAAUUAGAUUCGAUACUACAACGUCGUAACCAAUCCCCGAAAGAUAAAAAUCGAAAUUACAAGGAAAAAUUCAACGAAAUUUUCGUACCGGAAUUUUUAAAACCAUUAAUAAUACUGACAGUUUACGUGACGACUAAACAAUGGUGUGGAAUAAACGCCAUAGCUUUUUAUUCGGUCGCCAUAAUGAAGGAUACAGUGGGAAACGUCGAUGAGUAUCUGGCAACGUUGUUAGUCGAUUUGAUCCGUGUCGUGAUGGCGACUGCGGCAUGUUUUCUCAUAAAAAAUUUCAAACGACGACAUUUGGCGUUAAUAAGCGGUAUAGGUACUUUUGUAUCUUUAUUUUUUUUAAGCGGGGUGACGUUUUUCGUGAAAAUAUAUCCCUCGAAUCAAAUUGGUUACUUCACUAUGUUGUUUUUGAUAUCUUAUAUCGUGUUUGUUAGUAUAGGGUUGGUGCCGUUACCUAGUUCUAUGAACGGGGAAUUGUUUCCGGUUAAAUUGAAAGGACUCGGUUGUGGGGUUUCGUCUUUCGUGGCUUUUUCGAUGUUUUAUUCAGUAGUACAAACUACCCCUAUUAUAUUUGGAAAUUACGGACCGAGCGGUGGUUUUCUUAUUUUCGGUUUGGUCGCGUUCGUUAGUACGAUUUUCGUUUAUCUAUUUUUACCGGAAACUAAGGGAAAACCCCUACACGAAAUCGAGGAUGCUUUCAAAAGUUGAGGCCAAAAAAAAUAUUUUUUAGUGGAAGUUUUACAGAAAAAAAAUCUUUUUUUUUAUUUUCCGAGGUAAACAAAAUAUCCGAAUACUUUUUGUUUAAUUUUGUGGGGUUAAGAAAGCGCGGGAAAUAUUUUAUCGUAUACGAGGGGUGGUGGAUGAGUAAUUGUUUAAUUCCAUCGCGUUUAAAGAGGCGGAAUUUGAUUUUUUAUAUUAUUGAAAUGUACAGGGUUGAAAGGAAUUUUUAUCGACGUAACGAAAUUAAUUUUGAAAAUUUCUAUAUACGAGGUAAAUCCAAAAUUAUUCAAUUAUUUACAUAAAUUUUACUAAAUAUAUUCUGAAAUAUCGAUUUUUUUGUAAAAAAUGUUUAGAACUAAUUUUUUUUCAAUUUUCCGAGGUAAGGAAAGCGGAGGAAAUAUUUUAUCGUAUACGAGGGGUGGUGGAUGAGUAAUUGUUUAAUUUCACCGCGAAUAAAGAGGAGAAAUUUGAUUUUUUAUAUUAACGAAAUGUACAGGGUUGGAAGGAAUUUUUAUCGAUAUAACGAAAUUUAUUCAGAAAAUUUUUCAUAUACGAGGAGAAUUUAAAAUUAUGUAUAGGUCCGUUAGUAGAAAAGUGACAUAAGUCAAAAUUAGUGAAUGAUCAGAAUUUUUAAACUGCUGUAUUGAACAUGUACUAAUUUUGACUUGUGUUACUUUUCUACCAACGGAAGGAUACAUAAUUUUAAAUUCACCUCGUAUAUAAAAAUUUUAUAAAUUAAUUUCGUUAUAUCGAUAAAAAUUCCUUUCCGCACUGUACAUUUUUUUCAUAAUAAAUCAAAUUGCGAUUUUUUCGGAAUACGAUAAAAUAUUUCCUCCCUUUUUUAAUAUUACCUCGUAAUAUUAAAAAAAAAUUCUCUUAGAAACUUCUUUCCUAUAAAAUCGAUAUUUUUGACGAUAUUCAGUAAAUUUUUUAUAACUUUAUAUCGCUCCGUUGCGUUGGUAGAAAAGUGACACAAGUCAAAAUUAUCAUAUAUAAAUUGAAACCGACAUUAAUAAGUUGAGUAAAGAUUAGUUUUAUGAAAAAGUGUCACAACUCUAAUAACGGCUAGAAUUCUCCUUUUAUUGACUUGUGUCACUUUUCUACCAACGAAACGGAGCGGUAUAAAGUUUUAAAAUUUUACUGAAUACCGUCAAAAAUAUGGAUUUUAGAGUAAAAGGUUUUUUUGAAAUUUAUUUUGAAAAUUUUUACUAAAAAAUAUUGUUACAAAAAUUGUGUACGCCAGUGUAUAUUUCCGAGCUCAUUUACGUGCGUCUAUUAAAUAUCGUGUAGUCAAUUGCCUUGAUCGCGGAUCCGAUUCCGAAUCGGUUCAGGAACUAAUCGCAUGCGCACUUUCAAAAAUGUUAUUCGCGGUUUGAUCAGUUCUGACUGUUUAUUUGUUUGUAUAAAUAAAUUUUAGUCUUUUAUGGGUACAAAUAUAUACGGGGGUUAGUAGUAAUUACACUUUAAUUCUAUUUUCGAUUUUUCGAAAUUUUUCGAGGGACUGAAGCCGGUGGAAGAAAAACUUACAACUUAGAAUUUAAAUUUUUCCGAGAGAAUUGGAUGGAAAUUUAAUUUUCUCUAUAUCAAAAUCGACGAAAUUCGAAUUCAAUUUGAAUGUAGAAUUUUUUUUAACAAUUAAUAAACGAUUAUUUGAUGAUA